UUCAGUUUCAAAUGGCAGAUGAAAAUUUAGAAUAAAUUAUUGAUAUGCCUGAACAAUCAGAUAUGAUUAAUGAUGCCAGAACAUAAGUAAAAUUUGAAUCUAUCUCAAGGCUAAAUAUGCAGUUGAACAUUUUAAAGUUGAAUCACAAAUCUCUAAUUACAUCAAGAAAUUUUUCGAUGAGAAAUAUGGUCCAAAUUGGCAUUGUGUUGUUGGUAAUGAUAUAAAUUAAAAGAAAAGGAAAACAUUUCAAUUCAUACUCAUCAUACGAAAGCAAACGUUAUAUGUUUUUUUACGAAGGAUAAAUGGCAAUAUUACUUUACAAGAUGGGUUGA